UAUGUUCCUCAGAGUCAGCAAUAAAACUAGGAGGUGCUUACGUUAGAAGAGUUGAUAAGAGGAAAGUGCAUCAGCGCCAUCAGAUACUAAGUAAGUGAGGAAGACAGAGCAGCCAGCGAGACAGUACUCAAACAAGAAUUUGAGUUGUAGAUCAUAGGAUUCAGGAAUCCUAGGCCAUUACCGUGGAGGGAUAUUACACCCAGAGCCUCUAAGAAUCAUCCACACGACAGAAUACCACAAUGGGAAGCUGGAGUACACCUGGUCCUGUUGCCUCCAAAGAACUUAGGGUUUUGCUGGUUGGUCCCAGACGGACAGGCAAGAGCUCCUCUGGUAACACCCUGCUGGGCUAUGGGCGGGUUUUUGACACCAGAGGAGGUGGGACCAGCACAGCUGCCAGCUCUGUCACUGCUGGACGUCAUGUGACCGUGGUGGAUGCACGAGGUUGGGGUUUGUCUAAGGAGUCUGUGCCCCGAGAGGAGAAAAUUGAACUACUGAGAGCAUUGGAUCUGUGUGGACCUGAAGGACCUCAUGUUAUUCUGUUAGUGAUCCCUCUGCUGGACUUCACUGAACCUGAGAGGAGAGUUGUGGAGAAGAGGAUGGAGAUCUUGACCUCAGGAGUCUGGAGACACACAAUGGUAUUGUUUACCUUUGGAGACUGGCUGAGGGGACAAGGGCGAAGCGUGCAGGAGCACAUCCAAUCAGCGGGCCCUCCCUUACAAUGGUUAAUGGAUAAGUGUCACUAUUGAUACCAUGUGUUGGAUAACAAGGCAGCCAUCAUUGGCCAGAAUGAAAGACUAAAGCAGGAGGUGAGUGGAGGUAGAAGGAAACAGGAAGGGACAUGGCAGAGGAAAGAUGACAAAGGAAUGGGAAAGAAGAACAUGGAAGGUGAGGCAAGUGGGAGAAAGGAGAGAGAGCAGGAGCAGGUGCGAGAGCUGCUGAGUAAAGUGGAGGAUAUGCUGCAGGAGAAUGGGGCUUGGCACUUCUCCCUUCACAUGUACCAAAGGCUGGAGGAGGAAUGGAGCCGCAGAGAGCAGCAGCUGAGAGCUCGGCUGGAGGCAGAGACCGAUGUGGGAAGUGUGAGGAGAAAACAAAAGAGAGUGGAGACGAAGAUAAACAUGGAACUAGAGGAGGAGCAGAGGUUAGAGACUAAAGAAGAGGAGCAGGAAGGUAGCCUGAGGAAAGAGCAAGAGAAGAAGGAGGAAUGUGUGGAAAGGAAGAUGAAAAGAGAGGAAGCCAAAGAGGAAAGAGUGAGGGUGGAGCUCGAGAGGCAGAGCAGCGAGGAGGAUGGGGGGGAAACAAGCUGUGAUAGUGGAGGGGAGAAGGAGGACGAGAGGAGAGUAAUGAUGGACGAGGAGAGGGAGGAGAGCACUCAAGUGAAAACUGGAACGAUGGCUCCAUGUCGGCCUAAUGGGGGUCAAAGGUUGGCCUUUAGCCCAGUAAGAAGACUUGCCUAAAGUAACACAGUCAGUCAUUUUAGUCCAAGUGGACAGCUUGACUCUGAGCCAGAGGUUCUGCAACAUCUGCAGUCACCAGUGACACAUUUAGCCUUUCAUGCGGCAACACUGAUAACUCUCGUCAUGUGAUUACCCACUAGCAAUAAACCUAAGAACAACUGCAGAUACUCACAGAGAGGCCAGACUUAUAUUAUUCUCAUGGAUGUUACAGCUGUUUCCUGCUCCACAGAGACCAAUGCACUUAACCCUGGAAAUGUUAAAUGUUAAGGGGAUAGUUUUACAUUUUGGGACCUCAUGUCUGUACUGCAGACAAUGCAGACAGACAAGCAAUCGGCCAGCUUAUCUUAGCAUAAUGACUGAGAACAGGAGGAAACAGCUGGCAUGAAAACAGCCCAAGUAUAUUAACCUCAUGGUAGUGGCAAAAAAGCAAAUGAGCGUAACUCCCAAAAUAUCAAAACUGUCCCUUGACUGCACAAGGACUGUACAUAAACUGUAUGUCAAGCUAUUUUUUUUUCUUUUUCAUGUGCUGCCAACCUUUGAAAAUUGUUCAAAACUCCUAUUAAGCUCCAUCUAAUGUUAAAUUAUAAAUCUGCACUGCAUAAUAAAUGAAGUCCUUUUCUGUAAAA